ACUUGUGUUCAUUUGUUAACCGGCCUCUUCGCGGUCAUCUCCUGCUACUCAUUUGGUGGAGGCUUUCAGCGGAUUAUUCACGUUCGAGAAGACAGCAGCUAGCAGUGCAGGUAGGUAGGUGCUGGUGACAUUGAAUACUGCUUUGGUUUCCCCUAGAGAAAGACAGAAUGUUGUUAUACCCCAUCCUCUGCUGCUCGAUGCUAGCUGCCGUCCUGGCAUACCCCAGUGGAGCUCCGGAGAGCGCCUGUCAGUCUCUUAUGCCCCAGCAUCAAGUUAGUCCUCAGACAGGCCGGUCUCCCUACGGUAUUUAUGUUUCGGCGAACGCUAUUCACAGCGGUGAACCAGUCACUGUCACACUUCAGGGUGGUACCUUUAGAGGCUUUUUGAUUGUGGCACGUGACGCGUCCACUGGCCAGGUUAUUAACGGCUCUUGGGUAGCGUUUGAUCCACAAACUAAAGUGAUCGCUUGUGGCUUGACUCAUGUCUCAAAUAAUGACAAGCAGCGGGCAUCCGGCCAAUGGACCGCUCCCUCCGGCCUUGAAGGCCGACAGAUUAUCUUUCAAGGCGUUGUUGUAAAGGACAUUAACACUUUCUGGAACAAUCUCAGUUCAGCACCUGUCUCUGUGCGCUAGACCAAAAGCCUAGAAGAAAACCGACCGUCCGACAGGCUCAAGUGACACCAGGACAAUCAGCGCACGACACAAGGAGCCUUAUAUCCGUAUGCGUCAGAACGUAGUUUCACGGAGAAUGUUUACGACACUCAAAUUCGUCAACUCAUAUCAUAACGUAAUGGAACAAUAUCGUGCGGCUAAAAACAUACAGAAAAACUGAGAGAGAAGCUACUUACCUAGUAACCGUCAGUACAUACUACUGCACACUAUAUAUUGGACAAGUUGAUAAAUGAGCGAAGAAAUAAAAGCGUAAUUGUAAAUAUCACAGGAAAAUUU